AUGCCGGCCAUUCAGCCUAAAUCACAUGUGCUCGUUACCGGAGGGUCUGGCUUCAUUGCCAUUUGGACAAUCUAUCAGCUGCUAGAACGCGGUCACAAUGUGCGAGCAACAGUCCGUUCCGAUGACAAGGGCAACUACCUCAAGCAUGUUUUUGAAAAGUACGGCGACAAGCUGAGCUACACCAUCGCCGAGGACCUCGAAAAGGAAGGUGCUUUUGAUGAUGCCGUCCAGGGUGUCGACGCUGUUCUCCACACCGCCUCGCCCUUCCAUUAUAACAUCGAGGGAGACCCCAAGCGAACGCUCAUCAACCCAGCCGUCAACGGCACACGCAACGUGCUCUCCUCUAUUCAAAAACACGGCAGCAACGUGAAGCGCGUCGUCAUCACCUCAUCCUAUGCCGCCAUUCUUGACUCUACACGUCGGGGAACUAUUGUCUACACGGAAGAGGACUGGAACAUCUCGAGCGUCGAGAACGUCGAAAAGAAGGGCAAGGACCAGGACGCAUCUGAUGCCUACCGCGCAUCCAAGACCAUGGCCGAACGUGCUGCGUGGCAAUUUGUCGAGGAGAACAAGCCCAGCUGGGACCUAGUCACUAUCAACCCUCCUCUCGUCUUCGGCCCCAUCAUCCACCAGGUCAAUUCGCCUGAGAAGCUCAACACGUCUGUUGGCUUCGUGUGGGGCUUGCUGCACGGGUCCAAGACAGAAGAUGACCUGCUUACGCCCUCCGGGAGCUGCGUAGAUGUUCGCGAUGUCGCGUAUGCACAUGUUGAGUCUCUUGUCCGCGACGACGCCGGUGGCAACCGUUUUGCUGUGUCUCUCAAUUCCUUUGUCUGGCAGGACGUGGUCGACAUCAUCCAUAACGACAGCAGCGUGCCUGUCGAAUGGAAGAAGCAGGUCCCCACUGGCAAGCAAGGCACCGGAUCAUCGGUCAAGCAGAACAGGCUCGACGGUUCCAAAGCUACACGCCAGCUCGGCCUCAAUUACAUCCAGCUCAAGGAUCUUGUGCAGGACAUGGUGGCCAGCCUUGCCGAUGCCGAGAAGCGCCGCUGGUCUGGCGUGCCGAGCGCCAACAUCCUCUCGCGCACAAAGCACUAG